GUGAGCUGAAGUUCUGAGUGUUUUACUCUCUCUUUUACUCAAUAGUGCAUGUAUGAGCCUUGACGAUGAUGAUGAUGAUGAUGAUGGGGGUGUUUCUUCAUCCUGGAGCUUCUAUUGGUCACAGAUGGACUUUCCCCUUCAUAUCAACUUCAUUCAGCAAAAAUAGCAGCACAGAAGCAGCAGCUGCUCACGAGCGCAGACGUCCAGCGACUGACCGACUGACCAACACUGCUGGAGGAGGAUCAGAGCUCACAGACACUCAUCUUCAUCAUCAUCAUCAUCAUCAUCAUCGUCUGAGGAAUGGCUCUGGACUUUGUCGCAGGAUGUAUUGGAGGAGCCGCAGGUGUGCUGGUCGGACAUCCGUUUGAUACGGUCAAGAUGAGAGCGAGGCUGUUACACCGGCCGCUCGGAGGUUAACCUCGUGAGACUGCAGGUCCAGAGCGUGGACAAGCCCUUGUACCGCGGCACGUAUCACUGCUUCCAGUCCAUCGUCCGUCAGGAAUCGAUGCUGGGUCUCUAUAAGGGCAUCGGCUCACCCAUGAUGGGCCUGACCUUCAUCAACGCCAUCGUGUUCGGCGUGCAGGGAAACGCCAUGCGUAUGUUGGGCGUGGACACCCCUGUGCACCAGUUCCUGGCGGGCGCAGCGGCCGGACUCAUCCAGUGCGUGAUCUGCUGCCCGAUGGAGCUGGCCAAGACCCGCAUGCAGAUGCAGGGAACGGGCGAGAAGAGCGCCUCCAGGAGGAUGUACAGGAACUCUCUGGACUGCCUGAUCCGCAUCCACCGCAAGGAGGGAGUCCGAGGGAUAAACCGAGGAAUGGUGACCACCGUCAUCCGCGAGACGCCUGGCUUCGGCGUGUACUUCCUCACCUACGAUACUCUGACGCGAGCGCUGGGCUGCGACGCAGAUGACGGAUACAUCAUUCCCAAGCUGCUCCUGGCGGGCGGCAUGUCGGGAAUGGCGUCCUGGAUCUCCACGUAUCCUGUGGACGUCAUCAAGUCCCGCCUCCAGGCGGACGGAGUGGGCGGAGCCAACAGGUACGACGGCAUCAUGGACUGCGUGCGUCAGAGCUGGAGGAGAGAAGGAUGGAGGGCCUUCACUCGAGGCCUGACCUCGACUCUCUUGAGAGCGUUUCCCGUCAACGCCACAACCUUCGCCACCGUCACGCUCUUCCUCAUGUACAUGCGCGAGGAAGAUGACGGUGUGAAGGACUGCGAGGCCAUGCGGCCGAGUCUGCAGCACAGCAGCCUGUGACUCAAAGAUCUGAAGAAAGACUCGGAUCGUCUUGAGAUGAAAGCACAGAUUUACUGCACCGAUAGACUCUCUGCUGAUUCUGUCUAAUAGAGAGAGAAACGGUC